CUUUUCAGCGGCACCCAUGCCGCUUUUACACCGGGACAACAGUCGCGGAAGCGACGGCGACGGUAACAGUUCUAAUGAAAACCGUCGUUCGUUGUUGGAGUUUCUUUCGCUGGACGCGCAGAACCAGCCUGGCCAGGCCGCUGCCCCAUUAAAUGAUCAGAACGGUCAGAAUGGGGACCAUGAUUGGAGAUGGGAGAAACCUCGCAGCCCUGAGGUGGCUCACACGCCGCGCGCCCUCGUGCCUCCCGCCUGCUUCCCGCCAAGGCAUCCCCGUGCCUUCGCUAGCUACAGUGAGAGCGCGCGCCCCGGCGGAGGAUGGACAGAGGAGCCGCCCCCCCCAGCCCAAGGACACAGCAUCACCGACCUAGUCGCUUCCUUGAAGGCCCUGGCAAUACCGACAGCAGCGAAUCCGCGCGCAUUGCAAGCCUCCCUAAAGGUGCGAGUCAGCUUUGAGGGACUAGAAAAGAUAGAGCCACAGUGGUCGCCGGAGCAAGCCAAUUCUAAUAUGCAAAGACAUGACGACAGAAUGCUGGCGCGACGAGCCUCGUUUUGUGGCCCGGCCGCGGCGGCGCCCGACCCGCUGGUGUGGAGCGGGGCGCUGCCCGCGCGGCGGCCGGACCCCGCCGGGGAGUUCUCUCCCAAGGUCUUCCUCGGAGGCCUCCCCUGGGACAUCACAGAGCAGGCGCUGAAGCAGGCGCUCGGACAGUUCCAUCCACUGCGCGUGGAGUGGCCGGGCCGCGAGUCCGGUGUAGGUAGCGGCACGCCGCGCGGGUACGCCUACGUGACGCUGGAGACGGAGCGGCACGUGCGCGAGCUGCUGGCCGCCUCGCGCUCCGACGGCUCCAACUGGUACUACAGGAUCACAUCGCGCAAGAUGCGCGCCAAAGAGGUGCAGGUGAUCCCGUGGGCGGUGUCGGAGUCGUCGUGGGUGUCGGGAGGCUGGGCGCGGCUGGAGCCCGCACGGACCGUGUUCGUGGGCGCGCUGCACGGCGUACUCUCCGCCUCCGCACUCGCACUCAUCAUGGACCAGCUCUUCUCCGGAGUCGUCUAUGCCGGCCUAGACACCGACAAGAACAAAUAUCCAAUCGGUUCGGGCCGCGUGAUGUUCAACAACAUCCGCUCAUAUUUACGGGCCAUUGCUGCCGGCUAUGUAGAGAUCCGCACUGACAAAUUCACAAAGAAGGUUCAGGUAGAUCCGUAUUUAGAAGAUUCCAUGUGUUCCAUAUGCAAUCUCCAGCAAGGACCCUACUUCUGCCGGGAGCCCAUGUGCUUCAGAUACUUCUGCCGAUCGUGCUGGGUGUGGCAGCACUCCGUAGAGGAUCACCACAAGCCGCUCAUGCGCAACUCUAAAUGCACGCACCCGACCAUGACCAGCGCGGCCUCACCCCCCGCCCCCGCCCCCGCCCACGUGUACCCGCCCCCCGCGCACACAUACGGCCGACACAACGAAGCUAACGCCGGCACGCCAUCGCCGACGAGCGGUACGAACACGAGCGAGGUGUCGAGCGCCGCCACCAGCGACGAGCACAUGGACGGCUGGCCGCCGCACUAG